GUCGCUGUAAAAUUGACCAGAGAAAUGACAGCAGAGCGUCGGCAGCAGAGGAGGCUCACCGUUUAAAUUCAGUGCACUUAGGCCGAGUCUGCUCAGUGUGGUCAUUAAAGAACCUAAAACGAACCAAGCAAUGGAAAGGCAUGUUUGCAGAAUCUGGCCACUCUCCUCACCAGACACUGUAUACUAUAUGCAGAUAAAUUGGGAGAAGGACCUGGGAAGUGGUUUUACAGUGACUCUCUGCAAUGGAGAACAAGCUUGGAGUGGAAGAGUGUCAGAAAAUCAAGUAACAAUGGAAGCAAAAGAGGCUGAAAUGGACAGAGAAAAAUAUGUUGAUGAACUUCGACAAGCACUGACAAUGGGUGAAGAAAGGGUGAAAACCUACAGCUUUGACUUUUUUAAGGAUAAUGACAAGGACGUUUUCCAUUUUUUAUAUGAAAAACUUAUGCAAGACAUCUCAUUUAAACUUGGCUCUGUGGAAUUGCGAAAAGUCUCAGACUCAACAGAAGUCAUUAAAGGACUCAUCGAUUAUGUAUUGCAUUGCAACAGAGAACUCCAAGACAAAAAUGAACACUUGCAGCAAGAAAAUGAGAGACUGUUGUGCGAUCGUAAUUACAGCUUGAAAGAAUUGGAGAAAUAUGUAAAGGCUAAAGAAGAGCUAGAGCAAGACCUCUAUUCACGUUUCACCCUGGUGCUAAAUGAGAAAAAGGCCAAAAUUCGAAGUUUACAGGAAAAUUUAAAGUGCAUUGAUGAGCAAGUGAAAUUCAACAGUCAGAGCAGGAGUGUUGCUGCUAAUAGCCAAGAAGUGUCAGUACCUGAGGAAAAUUUUGAUUGUAGCACUAUUGAAGAGAACAAAGGCCAUAUUUCUGAAAAUAGAAUCUGGUCUCAACCUUCCAGGUCAACUAAUGCCCCAGCGCAAAGCGAUCCUAUAUGCAACACCCUACAUGAUGUAGUUGACGUAGCACCAAGUCGAAAACGAAGGCAUCGACUUCCACAGCAGAAGAAUAAAGUGGAAGAAACCUCACAAGAUUCUCAAGAAAAGAGACCGUGCCCAAUGAGCUCUGCCUCAUCUGUAAUCCAUCAUCAAGAUGAAGAGGAAGAAUCACAAAAAACCAUACCAAACACUGUUGAAGCGGAUGAUCUCUUUGACAAUAUUUAAAAUGUCUAAGCAUGGCAUACACAGAGAACAGCAAAUAAAUCAAGUGAAUAGUACAUCUGUGAUGUCAUCAUGCUAUGAAAUACAAUUAAUUGUUUAAGAAGCUUUAUUGUAAAAAACACAUUAUAUGAAAUCUACACCUGUAAUUUCCACUACAUAGUAGUUACACCUUUACCACUUGGGUUCUUUGAAGGUUUAGUUUCUUAUUAAAUGUAUAGAAUGAACUUAUUUUCCUACAAAUAUGAUCUCUUUCAAAUCACAUGACACAAACCUUCCUCAUUUGUUGUGAUCUAUAUACAAAUGGGGAGCAAAAGUUUGAAAAUCCAUGCAUCUUGAACUUUACUACCAUGCCCCAUAUGAUUUUUUUUAAACUGCAUCUUUCAGAAUAUUCUUCUCAUAUUGUCUAAUGGGAUUAGUUGCAGUACUACUAAAUAAAAAUGAAAGUAAGUUUAAUAUGAAUAAGAGACAAAGCGGCUGAAUUUGACAUUGCAUGGAAAGAAGCACAUUUGACAAGAACUGCAAAGUAGGUUUAACUCCAGAAUAAUAUAGAUUUGAAGGAUGUUGCUACAGGUUGGCCAUUCCUCUCAAAGUAACAUGCUUAGAAAAAGAAUGAAUGUUCAAGUAUUGAAUUCAAGCUUUGGCUUCGUAAGGAUGUUGACUAAGGUUAAUCUUAAUGUCUCAUUAUUACUGUCUUCAAUGCCAUCUUUAGCAAGUUUAAUUUAUGUUUACCUCUUGGUAAAUGUAUCUGGCAGAGUUCCAGAGGACAUAAUGUAAAAGCAACACUCAAUAUCUCAGUGUUGACAGUUAGAGGAUUUGUGAUGUCUAACAGGUAACUGUAAUUCCUAACAUCACUGUCAGUAGCUGGCAGAAAUCAAUUAGUUCUGUAAGCAUAGAAAAUAGUGUUGCUAAUGUCAGCAAAAAUACACUGGCUUAUAAAAUGUGUUUUUCUCUGCCAAGUUAGCUGGUAAAAUAAACCAUUUAAAAUAAGUAACAAGAUCUCCAUUAAAGUAAUAACAAAGGUAAUUUCUAGGCUGUGGAUCUCAUUGUUAUAUCAAGAGUUUCCCUUGUUGAAUCCCCUCUCUUGGAACAUAUCUUAGCAACAUAUUUUGGUAUAAUAUGUCCAUAAAGACAGUAAUUUCAAACACAGUGUGCUAAAAACACCAUCUAUGAGGUGUACCAGAUUAUGUUUAUUAAUAAUAGUUAUUGGUUAAUGCACUCUUGCAAAUCCAAAUUUUAUCUCCGCCUUUGCUAACGGAGCAUCAGCUGACAUGUAGUGUGGGCUUAUCUAAGCAGUUUAACUGUAAUGCCAAUCUAACUGAUAUGUAAUGUAGAUGCAUCCUCUGCUCAAAGUCAUGGAGGCAAAUGUUUGAACAAGAAGACAUUGUUAGAUUGACACCUUGCAUUGUAUGAGAGGAGAGCACAACAAAGAGACUCAAGUAAUAGACUAAAAUGAUCACAUUAUUUCAAAAAAAAGCUUUGUCUUCCCCAUUUUUGAGAUAUAAAUAACCACAGAUUAUUAUCAUUUUACUUUGCUAUGAGCUAAAAGAGCACUAUUCGUUAUUGGGUUUAAAGAGCCCUACAUGCUCUUAGUAACUACAAUGUAAUGCUCAACUCUAAAACAAGAGUAGUUACUUACAGUCAUUGCACACCUUAUCCUCAUAAUUUUAGCCCUGACUGAACUUUCAUCUCCAAAGCUACUUCUCAACCAAAUUGACUAAUUAAGGGAAUUAACAGAUACAGCAGUUUGAGGAUAGCUUGAAACCUGUUUAGGAAACAAUUGACUGACAUCUCUCUCACUGUUUUACAUCUCUUUUUAUUGUUGUAUGAAGUACUCACCGAAUUUGAAUAGUGAUGAGUACUAUUCCUUGUGAAGAAUAGUUUAAACUCCAUUUACAAGAAGAUAAUUCAUUUUGGGUAGUGAACUUUGCCAAAAUAAACUUGCUGGAGUAGUA